AUGUCCAAGCAGAAACCUUCUCUUUGGAGAGCCCUCAGAGCGCUUUCGUUCAUCAUAUCAAUCCCCCUGCUUGUCCAAUACCUUGUCCUCAAAUGGUACAGCACCUCACAAAAUGCACCAACCCCAGUCUUCCAUGAACCCAAUCACGAGACAAAUCUCACCGUGUGGGAGGUCUUGAGUAACGAUGACCGCGUUUCCAAAUUUGUCGACGUUAUAGGCAAAUUGCCUGACAUCGUCCGGGGUCUCUCAGCACCACAGGCUCGCUUCACUGUUUACGCCCCUGUAAAUGAGGCGUUCGACUCUUUCUAUUUCCCACCUGAUCCGCCCCCAUUCUUCGGCUUGUUCAUCGCCGGAUGCCAUAUGGGACCAGGGCCAGUACCAGCUGAGCGUCUCUCGUCAAUGGGCACAGUUUCGUCUUUUGUCAAUGGAGACAUAUUUUUCACCUACAAGCAACGUAUCAGUGUACAGAAGGAUAAAAACGGACUUACACUCAACCGCGCGGCUCGAGUGCUCCCAGUCAAUGCAACGCAAUCAAUCGCCGUCAAUGGUUUUAUCCAUCAUAUUGACACCGUCUUGGAACUCCCCAACUCGACUGCCCAUGCCCUUCGUACCCGACCUGAACUAUCAAAGCUGCGACGGGGUUUAGAGGCGACAAAACUAUCAGAGAGCAUCUACGACACCAAUGCUCAUGUGUCGCAAACUAUCUUUGCUCCAACCAAUGCUGCCUUUGAUCGUCUUGGUAAAACCGCGACCAAGUUCCUAUUCAGUCAUGGAGGUAGACCAUAUCUUCGUGCACUACUAAAGUAUCAUGUUGUGGCCAACAAAACUCUGUUCAGUGAUAGUUACUGGCCUCACGGCGGAGCUAAAUUGAUGGACUUGAGUCUAAUUCCGAAUAAAGACUCUCAUCAGUUUGACCUGCCGACCUUACACAAUAACCUAACUCUACAGGUUGAAAGCCGCAAGAUGCAUAAGAAGUGGCAUCUAAAUAUCUUGAAAGAUCAGGUAGUUGAAGGCAAUAGUCACGAUUCUGUCCCAGUUUCGAUGCCCGAUGUUAUCCUGAUGGAUGGAGUUAUGCAUUUCGUCGACACUAUUCUGCUGCCACCGGCCAAGUCGGAGCAAAGGAAGACUUCUUGGCUGGGUCGACUUAAAUCAUCGUUGGGACAUAAUAAGCAAAGCAUUGAGGACUUGGUAACUUUACUUGGACCCUACAUUGAUGAGCCCUGA